CUCCUCCCCUUGAGAAUGGCAGAAAGGCGCGAAGACCCUGAGACGUUGUUCGAGGUGCAGAGGAUGCUGGGAGAAGGAGCAGCAGGGAUGGUUUACUAUGCAGAACGUAUUGCUUCACGGGAGCCUGUUGCGAUCAAAGUCGUUGUUGGAACUGAUGAUGCCAAGAAGGAGCUGAGAAUUCUUGAAACUAUCAGCCAUCCGAAUGUUGUUUCCUACUACGGCACAUGGGAGAAAGACUCUCAGCUGUGGAUCGCGUUAGAGUUUUGUCAUGGUGGUGCCGUCUCUGACCUGAUGGAGAAGCUGGGAAGAGGGCUGGGCUUGCAAGAGCUUCGUUGCAUCACCUGCUGCUCAUUAAUGGGAUUGAGCUAUCUACACGGAGAGCAAUUGAUACACAGAGACAUCAAGGCCAGUAACAUCUUGUUGUCUUCAUCGGGAGCCAAGCUUGCAGACUUCGGAGUAUCAGCAAGGUUGCAGGUACCAAAUGAUCGCCGUUGCACUUUUGUUGGAACACCGUACUGGAUGUCUCCAGAAGUCUGCUCGAGAGGAGAGUACGACUACAAGGCUGACAUCUGGUCACUCGGAAUCACCGUCAUCGAGAUGGUCCUCUCUUUGCCACCAUUGGCGCAUCUGCAUCCCAUCGAAGCAAUCGAAUACAUCCGUAAAAACGACCCACCCGUGCUGCAAUCAAUAUUGCAGACGUCUGGGAUCAGUGAUAUCUGGCCACAAUCUUUGCACGAAUUCGUCCAAUGCUGCCUUGUGAAAGAUUUUGAAUCGAGACCGGAUGCCCUGCAGCUCUCUCAGUCUGUUUCCUUCUAA